AUGUCGGCGUUAAAGAGCCGUAGUAACUCGUUAGCCGGACUAACUUUGGACGCUGUGCUUGGCGGCGAGGUCUUAACACCAUCGUCUCCAGACUCUCCACCAUCGCCACCGCCUCUGCCGGAAAAUUCUCUAGUAACGCACCACCGCAAAACAACAAGCCAAACGCUUUUCGAUAUCAUCCGCGAAGAAUACCACAAGGAAGGGCACAAGGAUCGGACCACGUGGCAGAUUUUCCGCGAGAAGCUCCGUCUCAAACGAACCGGUUCCGCUUGGACCUCGUCUCUUCAUAUCCCCGCCUCGGAUAUCCUUAUCCCUAAUCCCAAACACCUUGCAGCUGCUUUCCGAUCACAAUCCGCCGGUUUAACCAACGAUACGGUUAACCUCCGAGGCCUGGUCAGCGCAAUUCCGAUGUCGGAUCCACCCGGUUCCUCGGGACGCGCGAUGUUCAGUCGCGGAUCUUCAAUGCGGAUCGGGUCGAGCAAAAACCCGGACGAUUCACCCGACGUCAGCGUUCUGGGAGAUGGACCGUCGUCGAGGAGCUUUAAACCGCAGUUAUCGCGGCACGAUUCCGUCAGGGAUCACUCGGAGGGGGAAGAGGAUAACAGACGCCGUCAUCCGGUUGUCACGUUCGUGGAAGAGAGGCAGAUGUCGGCGAGAGAAGCCGUCGCGGCGCAGGAAGCCGCCGAAGCUGCGGCGAUUGGAAGCGACGACGAGGACGAUGACGACAACGAGGAGGAUGACGAUUCAGGAGAAGCAGAGGAGAAAUCGUCGGCGGCUUCUGCGCCGAAACAGACCAUGUCGCUGAUGGAUCUGUUGGAAGAGACAGAUCGGCAAAUGGGACUAACGGGAUCGAGAUACGCCAUGGACGAUGAAGAAGAAUACGAAGAGGAAGAAGAAGAAGACGAGGAGGAAGAUGGUCACGGUGGAGAAGGAGAGCUCAGCUGCUGCGUUUGUCAGGUGAAAAUCAAAGGCGCGUCUUUCACGCCUUGUGGUCACACGUUUUGUAAGCUCUGCUCUAAAGAGCUCAUGGCUCAGAAAGGUCAUUGCCCUGUUUGCAGUAGCUUCGUCCUCGAAUUCCUCGAGAUCUUUUAG